AUGGCCAUCCUCGCAAGCCCUGGCGACGGCCGCAGCGCAUCGGGCCUUCAAAACCCCUGCUCAUCAGAGACCCGACUGAGACCCGACUGCAUCAGCAUCGACAUUGACCGGACCGGCACUUCAGCUCCAACGUCUACACCUCGGGGUCCACGGUCUCGGGCCGUGCCGUUUUCGAGACGCAAAAGGACACGCGGUUUGAUGGUUUCGACAUCACCCUUGUCUGGCAUUGCCGCCACUCGCCUGGAUCUCGUUCAGCAGUGCCCGCCUCACUCAUUCCGGCCCUUAAUGAAGCUGCGAAUGCCCAUCGACAGGGCUAGCUUGCCCGAGAACAAGGUGUUUGCUGCCGGCAAGACAUGGCUCGGGUUGAAUACUUGGGUCAAGGCCGGGGCCCAUGGCAAAGCCACCGAGCCAUGCGCUGCUCUGCAGAGGAUCAUGGACGGUCACCACAUGCUCAAGGUGCUCCCGUCGCUUCCAGAGGAGGCGCCUCUGGACAACACGCGCAGAGACGAGCGUUACGGCAUGACUCGGAGCAAAACCGUGCGGAGAACCCUCUUCUCGGCCAAGGCUGGCAAGUUGGCCGUCACGGCCGGCCAGCCAGCCCAAUGGCGUCAUGCCGUCCGCCGACGGUCACAGAGCGGCCAGCUCCGUGGCGCGCAUCGCCCUCGAUCGAGCCACGAACGCGCCGAACCCGUCGUUGAGCUACACUGCGACCAACGUCCUAUUCAACUACAACAACAGAGAGACCUGGACAAGGUUGACUGGCAAAUGUGCGACGUGUCGGGCCGUCGCGACUCGGGCUAUUCAAGCUCGGGCAUGCUGGAUGAGGACGAGCCGGGAACGAGUCGCUCCGACGACGCCGGCAGGAAGAAGAGCGAGAAAUGUCGUGUGCGACGACGGGCAAUUAUCGAGGUGCUGUUCGACAUGCCCUUGUCCAGCAGAAGGAUAUUCCUGCCAACCUUUGAUUCAUGUCUCUGUCUCCCGUACCAACACGGUGCAUCUCAGCCUCGCUGUCGGACCGACCAAGACGACAAUAUCGCUGGCGGUUCCGCUUAA